AGAUUAUUUUUAAAGCAAAAUGAACAGUUAAGAUUACUUUGAGAGUAAAAUGGACAGUCAAUCCUACUUUGACAGUCAAAUGGACAGUCAACCCUAUUUUGACAACCAAAUAGACAAUCAACCCUAUUUUGACAGCCAAUUGGACAGUCAACCAUACAUUGACAGCCAAUAUGAUGGAAUUGUUGAGGAUACUCCUGAAUCAUUAUGGGAUUGUCCAUCUCGGAGUCCUCUAAGGAAGAGAAGUUGACAACAUCAAGGAAUCAUAUUGCAAUCCCCCAAGACAUUCCAUUGCCUAAAAAUGAAGACAACGUUGUUUGCCAAAUAUGUGAUAUUUCUGGACAUGUUGCUACUAUAUGCCCGCAACGAUAUAAAGUAACUU